UGAUGAGCAAAUCUACGGAGCAGCGGCGGGACGUCCUAGUCAAACCUCCCACCGUCGGAGCAUCCUCCAGCUGCAGGGAAAAAAAGGAGAAACUAAACAAGCAAAAGUUUCCUCUGAGUCGAGAAAAGAGGAGUCGACAUGGAUGAAAAGCUGCCGUUGGUGUGAGCGACCGAGGACCGAGAGGGAGAGUCGCUAAACACGGUGAGAGAUGAUAACUUAGCUCGGGCUGCUAGUUUGAGAAAAGCUAAACUGUGGGAAAGUUUGAAGAGCUGCUAUGGAGCGGCGGAGCAGCGAAGACACCGGGACGGUCAAAGCUCCGGAGAGCAGGAGGCAGAGGAAGAAGAGGAGCAAAGAGAACAAAACCAGGACGGUCCACGCAAACCUGCUGUACGACGCCGCCAACAAAGGAGAGGAAAACCCCAACAGACACUACGCUAACAACAAGAUCAAGACCACCAAGUACACCGUGCUGUCAUUCCUGCCCAAGAACCUUUUCGAGCAGUUCCACAGGUUCGCCAAUGUUUACUUUGUCUUCAUCGCUCUACUCAACUUCGUCCCGGUUGUCAACGCGUUUCAGCCAGAGCUGGCUCUGGCUCCGGUGGUCUUCAUCCUGUCCGUCACCGCCAUCAAAGACCUGUGGGAGGACUACCGGAGACACCGGUCCGACAAGGAGAUCAAUCACAUGGACUGUCUGGUGUUCAGCAGAGCUGAGAGACGCUAUGUGGAGAAGUACUGGAAGGAGGUUCGGGUGGGAGACUUCAUCCGGCUGCGAUGCAACGAGAUCCUCCCCGCCGACGUCCUGCUGCUGAGCUCCAGCGACCCCGACCGGCUGUGUCACAUCGAGACGGCCACGCUGGACGGAGAAACCAACCUGAAGCAGAGGCAGGUCGUUCGCAGCUUCUUUGACCUGGACUGCGAGUUCGACCCCUUGAAGUACAACAGCGUAAUUGAAUGUGAAAAGCCCAACAAUGACCUGAACAGAUUCAGAGGCUACAUAAUCCAUCGAAGCGGCAGAAGAGAUGCACUUUACAAAGAAAACCUGCUGCUGCGAGGCUGCACCAUCCGCAACACGGAGGAGGCUGUGGGAAUAGUCAUUUAUGCAGGUCAUGAGACCAAAGCCAUGCUGAACAACAACGGCCCGCGUUACAAGCGCAGCAAACUGGAGAGACAGAUGAAUGUAGAUGUGUUCUGGUGUGUCAUCAUCCUGCUGGUCUUGUGCCUGUUUGCUGCUGUUGGUCACGGGCUGUGGAUGUUUCAGUACGGAGAUAAGAGGCCUGUGUUUGACGUUCUUAGUCCAGAGGGGACGGACUUAUCGCCCAUCAUGUCAGCCAUUUAUCUCUUCCUCACUAUGAUCAUCGUCUUUCAGGUGUUGAUACCCAUCUCCCUUUUUGUGUCAAUUGAGAUCGUCAAGAUCUGCCAAGUGUACUUCAUUCAUCAGGACAUGGAUCUGUACGACGAGGAGACAGACUCUCACCUGCAGUGCAGAGCACUUAAUAUCACUGAGGAUCUGGGCCAGAUGCAAUACAUCUUCUCUGACAAGACAGGCACGCUGACCGAGAACAAGAUGGUGUUUCGACGCUGUACUGUGGCAGGGGUGGAGUACUCCCAUGAUGCCAAUGCCAAAAGACUUGCCAUGUACCAGGAAAUGGAUUCUGAGGAAGAGGAGUGUACAUCUCACGGCGGCACCCUGCCCAGGCGGGACAGUGUUACCAGCCACCAGAGCGCCCGAGUGGUGCUGCGAUCCCAAAGCACCAAGUCCCACCGCAGGACGGGCAGCAGGGCGGAGGCCAAGCGAGCCAGCAUCCUGUCCAAGCACACAGCCUUCAGCAGCCCCAUGGAGAAAGAUAUCACCCCUGACCCUCAGCUUCUAGACAAGGUCAAUGAUUGCAGCAGUCAGAUGGACUUCAUGCGCUUCCACAGCCAGCCCAUGUCCCAGCUGCCCUCUGACCUCUCCGACACCAUCGAUUUCUUCAUCGCUCUCACCAUCUGCAACACGGUGGUGGUGUCCUCCCCCGACCAGCCCAGGCACAAGGUGCGGAUGAGGUUUGAGCUGAAGUCUCCAGUUAAGACCAUCGAGGACUUCAUCAAACGCUUCACCCCCAGCCGGCUGACCUCCGGCUCCAACAGCAGCAGCUCCUCCAGCCUCAUCACCAACCGCUCCUCCAACAAGGGAUGCUCCAGCCUGCUGUCAUCUCCAUCGGCAGAGAGCACGCUCACCAAACUGCACGAGGAACGUUCAUGUGGAGGUUUGGAAAACGCCUUCAGCCCCGUCCCGCCCUGCUACGACGGAAAGGCCUCCUGGAACAUAGAGGAAGGAGAGCUGCGCUACGAGGCUGAGUCGCCGGAUGAGGCUGCGCUGGUCUACGCUGCCCGAGCCUACAAGUGCUCCCUCGUCGGACGCCUCCCCGACCAGGUGACUGUGGAGCUGCCUCACCUGGGGAAGCUGAGCUUUGAGCUGCUGCACACUCUGGGCUUCGACUCCACCAGGAAACGCAUGUCUGUGGUGGUUCGACACCCUCUGACGGAUCAGAUCACCGUCUACACCAAAGGAGCCGAUUCUGUCAUCAUGGACCUCAUCAAACCGCCCAACACAGGGAACUCCAAAGGGAAAAGGCAGAAGAAAAUCGUCUGCAGGACUCAGAACUACCUGAACCUGUAUGCAGCAGAUGGCCUUCGCACACUGUGCAUUGCAAAAAAGAUUCUGAGCCAGGAGGAGUACGCCUGCUGGCUGCAGCGUCACCUGGAGGCUGAGACGGCUAUUCAGGGCCGAGAGGAGCUGCUGUUUGAGUCGGCCCUGCGACUGGAGACAAACCUGCAGCUCCUCGGGGCGACAGGCAUCGAGGAUCGGCUGCAGGACGGAGUUCCUGAAACUAUUGCUUCUCUGAGGAAGGCCGGCCUGCAGAUUUGGGUGCUGACAGGUGACAAACAGGAAACAGCCGUGAAUAUCGCAUAUGCCUGCAAGCUGCUGGACCCCGAGGAGGAGAUCCUGACGCUAAAUGCUGACUCUCAGGAGGCGUGUGCGCUGCUGCUGGAGGAGAGUUUACACUACAUCCAAGCCAAAUUCCUCUGCAGCUCUGCAGACCAAACCACCAAGGCCUUCCAUUCCAGUUUUGCGCCCUUUGACUUCUAUCCCUCUUCAUCUCUGUCCUCCUCAUCCUCCCACGCCGCUCCCUUCCUGGUGCACCGGCUGGGCCUGGUGAUUGAUGGCCGGACGCUGGCCUACGCGCUGGAUAAGAGUUUGGAGGAUAGGUUUCUGGCCGUUGCGCGUAGCUGCCGUUCGGUUCUCUGCUGCCGAUCCACGCCGCUGCAGAAGAGCAUGGUGGUCAAACUGGUGCGGAACAAGCUGAAGGUCAUGACUCUGGCUAUAGGUGAUGGGGCCAAUGACGUCAGCAUGAUCCAGGUCGCAGACGUCGGUGUUGGGAUCUCUGGACAGGAGGGCAUGCAGGCGGUGAUGGCGAGCGACUUCGCUCUCCCACGUUUCCGGUAUCUCCAGAAGCUCCUGCUGGUCCACGGGCACUGGUGCUACUCCCGGCUGGCCAACAUGAUUCUGUAUUUUUUCUACAAGAAUGCUAUGUUUGUGGCGCUCAUCUUCUGGUUUCAGUUCUACUGUGGAUUCUCAGGUUCAGCCAUGAUUGACCAGUGGUAUCUCAUCUUCUUCAACCUGAUGUUCUCUGCCUUCCCACAACUCAUCACUGGCACUCUGGACAAAGACGUGUCAGCAGAGACUCUUCAACAACUACCUCAGCUCUACGUGAACGGCCAGAACUCCGAGGAAUAUAAGCCAUACAUGUUCUGGAUGAACAUGAUUGAUGCCUUCUACCAAAGUCUGAUCUGCUUCUUCAUUCCUUACUUUGCCUAUGCUGACUCUGACGUGGAUCUGUUUACAUGGGGAACUCCCAUCACCACCCUCGCUUUGUUCACCAUUCUGCUACAUUUGGGCAUCGAGACCAAAACCUGGACCUGGAUGAACUGGCUGUCGAUCGCGUUCAGUAUCGCCUUAUUCUUCACCGUGGCUCUGUGCUACAACGCCUCCUGCCCCACCUGCUACUCGCCCUCCAACCCCUACUGGACCAUGCAGAGGCUGCUGAAGGACCCGCUCUUCUACCUGCUCUGCGUCAUCACGCCUGUAGCCGCCCUGCUGCCUCGAUAUUUCUACAGGGCGUGUCAAGGCACGUUGUUUCCAAGCCCAGUCCAAGUUGGAAGACAGUUAGAUAAACUCCCUGCUGACACCCGCAGGAACAUCCUCAGCCUGAGCAGGGUCAAGGUGGGGUCGCCGCUCAGCCCCAAGCCUCCUUUCCUGUCCCUCAGCAAGGCCUCACCUAAAGGAUGCAAUAAAAAUGACCAGAGGAGCAUCACGGGCUCCAAGACAUUAGAGGCCACACAGGGGCAUGCAGAUGAAGAGAAGGGCCGGAGCUGCCUGUCGGGGCCCACAGACAGUGAGAUGCACCUCUCAGACCUCUACACAUUAGUUCCUUCAGAUAUAGACACUCUUCCCUACACCAAAGAUGCACCUCAGCCCGCGGAGGAGCUGCAGCCUCCUUCCACCAAAGUAUCGGAGUGCCUCGAUAAGACUUUAGAGCCGUCGGAUGUGAGUCUAUCCGGCUGGAUCACCUCCACGCCUUUGCCUACGCCAGCGGACAGUGUUCAGCUGAACCUGCUGCCGGACGGAGCUCCUCAAUGCGUCAGAUACACGAGGAACUCUGAGGAAAGACUUAAACCCGACCAUGCAGUUCAUCCAGCACACAGGACAGAGCAGGAGGUGGAGCAGCAGCUGCACACCAAAUUGUGAUGCCUUACAGUCUUAUGUUAUUCAAACUCCAAUUUGCACGAUAGGUUUUUUAAGUUUUAUUGUAUUUUUCAAAGAGAUUCUUUUAUAAAAGACACAAAGAGGUACUUUGUAUUUUGGAUGUAACUCUAAAGUAAAGAUACUCUAGAGGUUUGGGAGAUGGAAGAACUGGAAUAUCUCCCUUUUCUUUUUUUGAUUACUGGGAAAUUUAGAUUUCACAAAGAAACAUCUCAGUACUUGAUCAGGUUAAGAAUGAGCAGAGUUGAGACAUUCCACUGCCGGGUUAUUUGGGAGUUUGUUUUCCCUCUGAUAUGGUACCCUGUUCGUUCUUUCAGCGAGCCCUGUAAAUGCAGUCUGACCCGGAUUGGACACCGCUGUGGCCUUGAAUCACUGCUGGUAUUACUCCUGAGGAGAGAAGUUUAAUAUGUUUUAAGUCCCCACAGAAGCGUGUUUUAGUGUCUUUGAGGACUUCCAUGCAGAUAAUUCCAAAGUUUUAUAUUUGCCAUUUGCUCAGUGCACGUUUUAGUCUUGUUGCUGGACAGUUUUUGCUCAAUUUUAAAGAAUAAAAAGCGUGUUCAUAGCUGUUCUGUUGCACAGUACAUUCCGCAAAAAAUGUAUCAGAGCUGUUGAUAAGUAUGCAUCAUGAGAGUUCAUCAAGAAGUUUUCAUUUCAGUCUUUGUACACUCAGAAUCUACCAGGAAUUAUGCUCUGUGUGAGUAUGUGUAUGUGAGUAUGUGUAUGUUUGUGUAUCCACAUCUUUCUAUGUUUGAGUGGAUCAAAAUUUUAGUUUUACAUGUUUAAGGGUCAAGACUUCAUUUUAAGGUUCAGGUUGGAGUUAUUUAGUUGUGAUGGAUGCAUUUGGAUUAAGGGUUAGGGGAUGCAUUAGCUCAAUUUUUGUCCUCACAAAGAUAGAAAGACGGGUGUAAAUGUGUGUGUGAUUAUUCAUUGAGUCAUUGUUUCUCUUUAAACAGUGCCUGCCAGUUUAAAUAAGUAUAUAUCUGCAUUUUUGGCAUUGAUGGCCCUUUUUGCCAAUAUGACAGAAUCAAUACAGUUAAAUAUGAAGGUAAUGCCAGAGACAGACUGAAAAGAGUGGAGACAGCCAGGCUGGUUGUAUCCAAAUAUGAAAGAAAAAAUCCUCUUUCUAGCUAUGUUAAAUCUCUUUUCUUUUUCAACCUGCACAAAAGUAUGCCCUGGAGUUUGCCAGGUAAUAGGCAGAAUCUCAAAAUGCACCUUGUAAAAAGUAGUGCAACCUUUAAUUCUAGUAAAACUAUAAAAUGUUGUUCCUACACUUCAGUUUUUGUAUAGCUUUAUAAAACAGACCUGGGCUAGAUAAGCUGAUGGAUUUUGUUAUCUUUAGACAGAGCGAGCCAAGCUAUAUCCCCCUAAGCUAAGCUAACCGUUGUGUGGCUUCAGCUUCAUAGUUAACAAAGAGACAUGACAGAUAUCAUUUAGUUGGGCUAAGACAACAGACAGUUAGCUUAGCUCAACUUAAAGAUUGGAGAUAGAGGGAAAGUUAAAAGUUCAGUACGUCACAUUAUAUAUCCUGUUUCUUUAAAAUGUGGAGUCUUUUUGUCAUUGAGAAUCUAUGUUUUAUUUUCUACACAUUAAACAAACAUUAUAUAGCAUGAUACUUAAUGAGCAUUAGAGGUGCUGGGAGGUGAAUUUUGCUACCUUUGAACAAAGCCAGGUUUCCUUCCAGUUUCUAUGUUUAGUUAAAUUUGUUGUCUUGCUGUAGCUUCAUAUUUAACAUAACCUGGGAGUAAUAUUAAUGAAACCGAAGUCAAAAAACAGUUUAGCUUAACAUAAAGACUGAAGACAGAGGCAGGAUGUUAGCUUGGUUACCUGCUAGCUCCUUCGAGAGCUAACAGAAGCCACGCACCAAUAUUUUUCUCAAAAUAGUCUUGUUCUCAUUGAUAAUCUAAGUCUUAUAAAAGCUCAAAAUAUUUUAUACAUCAGUUUUUCUGUAAAUUAAACAUGAUAUAGCAUGCUGCUUAAUCUGCAUAAGUGGACAAAGCCAGGCUAGCUUCCAGGCUUAGUGAUCAGCUGAACUUACUGUUAUCUGGCGUUGGCUUCAUAUUUAACAUAAAAAUAUGGGAGUAGUAUUAUUAGAGCUGGAGCCAGCAGACAGUUAGCUUAGCUUAGCAUAAAGUUAGCCUGGCUACCAGCUAACUCUGUCAAGAGCUAACAAAAAUUUGUGUGAUAACUGGAGUUUUGGUGUCACUUGUUGUUCACUUGUUGCAAAAGUAAUGCAGCUCAUGACCUGUAAAACAACAAGAUGUUUUUCAACUCUGUAAGCAAACAAGAUAAAACAUGUUUGCUAGUGAUGUAGGUUUUGGACAAAGCCAGCUGUUUUGCUGUUCUGCUAAGCUCACUCUUGACAAGCUUUAACAAAAUUAUCUUAUAUGUUACAAUGCUGUUAACCAGUGAAGCUGGAGCAAGUAAACAGUUAGCUUAUCAUAAAGACUGGAGACAGAGGAAGACAAGUUAGCCUGGCUAUCAGCUAGCUCUGUCCAAAGGUAACAAAAUCUGCCUACGCUCACAAAAAUGGGAGACUUCAAGCUUCACUUCUGGUUAACCUUUGGCAAUGUCACCACAAAUAUGCAACAGGAUAAUUUUUUAUACUUAAAUUUGGUUUGUGGCAAACUUGGGACAGAUUUGUGGCUAACCAAUUGAGCUAAAUUCACUUAGUCACAUGACUACUAAAGACAAAUUUCUUACCCGUAGGUUACAUGUAGUCUAGCACUACUAGCAAACUAUGGUCAGAAACCACUGGUCACCAUGUUUGCCAGAAAUGGAAAAAUUCACAGUACAAGAUUGGCAAACUUGUGGCAACGUUUUUUUGUUUGUUUUUUCUGAAAAGUUAUUUUGUUUGCUGCAAUUCAGCCACAAAUUUCUGCAAAUCUGCCUCAGACAUUUUCCAUUUGUAACCGUAGUAACGCAUACGAAGGUUCACUAAUGAACAUUUUACGUCAUGCAAAACUGGAGUCGUCUUGUCACUGAGGUUGAAAGUCUGAAAAGCUAAUCUACCCGUCACUUGGAUUUAGCUUCAUAUUUAACUAACAAACUUGACAGGGAAGUCAGUCUUCUAAUUUAAAUAUUCCUUGAAGCUACCAUCAUAAACCAUUUCAUAAACAAGUGUACUUGAAGGUCCUUUUUUAGCAGUUUAUUUCAUAUGUUAAGUUUUUCUGAAGCCAGUCUUGUGUUUUCUUGUUUUUUUUUUUCUGCCCAUGUUUAGCUGUAAACCAAAUCCUCUGUGCUGAAAGGUUCAUUCCAAAUGCAAAAGAUGCGGCAUUAAAAUUUAAAUUUGCACUUUGAAAGCAGUAUGUCAGAAUUGCCGCUGAGUAUUGUUGGUGACGUGCAGUGCUCAGAUACAGAAUACAAAGAAUGGGAGAUUUCAUUCUUACCUUUGCAAACAACAUGAUGUGUUGGUCAUCAAAGUAUGGAAAAUUGGAAAGAUGCUACAGUUUAUUGUUCAGCAUUUAAAGCAGCAGCACCUUUAAUAUGUUAUGAUUGUUGUAUCUCUUGUCUCACUGCAAUAUGUUUUUGUACCAAGUAAAACAUUUACCAAAGGUCAUUUAUAUUUCUGUAUUUUCUAAGCAAUAGUAUGUGCCUUAACACUGGAUAAGAAAUUACAAAUCUGCUCAUGAUGCUGUAUUUGUUUGAAGAUGACGGAGCAUCGUUGUGUUUUCGGAGAUAUUUAUGAGGCUCCAUGCUGUGUGGCUUCUGUCCUCCAGUCUUUUCACUUAAAAUUUUUCUUUUUUUUUUUUUUUUUGCCGACGCUGUCUCUCUGGCAUGUCGUUGCAAUUCUGACUCCACGGUCUGUUCAAUUUGUUUUAUAGGUUCUGUCCGUUCUGUGCUUUUGGCGUCGCACUUUGUGUGCCAGACCGAAGCUUGAGCGUGUUCAGUGCUGCAUUCCAACAUACCCACUUUCACAUAUUCCUCACAGAAACAUUCGCUCAUUUCUCUUCAACCAGCCUUGACUAUAUCUGAGCUCGUUUUGUUGGCUCUUCAUUUCUGUUUUGGUGUGAAGGUAGGCCUACUGUGUCACAUUUUUUAUGUUACAGUUGUAACACUCAUCAGAGCUAUUUACCUGCUCUUAAACCUUGAUUUCAGUUUAUGUCAAGUUGUCAAUCUGGAUAUUUUAUAGUCACAGAAUUGGUGAAGUAUGUGAGAAACACUGAAAAGCUUCAUGUGGGAGAAAGACUAUAUUUUAUUUUUUGCCAGAAUUUCUUAUUUUGCAUCAGCUCUUUGUCCUUUGAGUAAUUGGAAUCUUCCUGUACAUGGCUACUUGUGAACAAAAUAAAAAUGGUAAUAAUAAAGUAUUUAUCCUUGUAUA